ACGGUUGUUGCUGGUUCGCGCAUAAAAAGAAACUAACUCAAGCAAUUAUUAGGCAAAAGUCAAAGCUGAGCAACACUCGACAACAACAAAUGCAAUAGAAAAUAAUAAAAUAAAUAAAAAAAAAAAAACACGCUGGAUUAAAGUGUUUUGUUUUGUUGAUCAAAGUUAAAUGCAAAAGCAGCAACAGAGCAAAAAGUGCGUGUAAAGUGAACAACAACUAAAAAGCAAGAAAAUUCAACUAAACUCGAAAAACUCGCAGCUGACCAAAACCAAAAAUCGAAAACAACAAAGUUAAAGUUUUUAUUUGAAAAGAAAACUUCCUCGCAAGUAACCGGUUCGACCGUGUAAAAAGCCGCCAAAAUUCUACUCAAGGAGCGAAAAGCGAUCAUUUCGAAAAUGAAAUCCUUGACGGCCGUCUGCCAAACAGGUGCCUCGAUGCCGGCAAUGAAUCCGAACGGCCGCAUCGCCCGCCACCCGCCGCAUCGCGGCGACGGCGAAAAUGCCGAAAUGAAAAUGUAUCUCUCCAAGCUGAAGGAUCUGGUGCCGUUCAUGCCCAAGAACCGCAAACUCUCCAAGCUGGAGAUCAUACAGCAUGUCAUCGACUACAUCUGCGAUCUGCAAACGGAGCUGGAAACCCAUCCCGAGAUUAACAACUUCGAUGCAGCUGCCGCGUUGAGCGGCGUUGCGGCAGCCGCCGCUGCGGGCGGCUCCGAAGAGGACGAGGAGGAGGACGACGAGGAGAUGGAGAUGGAUAUGGAUGCAGCUGGCGGCGAUGUGCUGGCCAUGCGCCUGGCCGCCGAGCAGGAGCAGCUAGCAAAAAUCUCUAGUCCCGCUGCCGCACGCCUCCCGCUCGCCGAUCGCCAGAGCCCCAACACAAUUCUCCAGCAAACGCAGCAGCAGCAACGCCGGCGUCAGCAGCAGCAGCAGCAGCAGCGGCCCGUGCAGCAGCAGCUGCCCAACAGUUUAGCGACGCAAAUCAGCGGCGAAAAGGACAGCAGGCAAUCGUAAAGCAGCUGAAGCAGCAGCCGCAGCAGCGGCAGCGGCAACUACAACUAAAACUAAACAUUUAAAGCUAUACAAAACAUAUUAACUAAUGGUAGUAGCAGUGUAGUACAGUCAACUCCACUCAAAACAACUCAAAACUCAACUCAACUCAACUCCACUCAACUCAACUCGUGUGAAGAUCUCUCCACAACAACAAUAACGGUUAAUUAAAAUAUCUAAGCAUCAUGCAAGUUAUGCAAUACAUAGACACUGCAGACACGCCCACACAUGCGCACGCGCACGCGCACGCACACGCACACGCACACUUUGUGUGUGUUUGUGUGUGGCCGUAAAAGCAUUUCACACCAAUACAUUGAAAGAGUUUAGUUCUUAAUUAAAAAACAAAAGAAAACCUAAGUAGCAUUAAAACAGAAAGAAAACAACAACAAUGUAAGCACUAAUACAUUAUUAUUAACAUUUAACGUUUAACAUUUAACUAUUAGCAGCUGUUUAAGAAGAAGAAUAUGUUGAAGAAGAAGAAGUAUAAGUAGAAGUAGAAGAUGAUGAAAAACAACUUGGCAAAGCUUUAAACAAUUUAAUUUUUCCUUUUAAUCGCAUUGAUAAAAUGAAAUGAAAAACUGAAUUUUUGUUUUCUAUAUGUUUAGUUUUUGGUUUAAAUGAAGCAAAAAAAGCAUGUUAAUAAUUUUACGAAAAUGAUGAUAAGAGAUGCAAAGCAAAACAGAGAGCAGCAAUAAAAAUGAAACAAAACAGAAUACAAAAUAAAGAAAACAAACAAC